ACAUGCUGUACAUAACGCGCGAUCAAACAAAUGCAGCGUUUUUAUUGUUACAAUAAUUGAUUUAUUUGAUAGUAAAUUAACAGUGACAUUAGUAUUAUGUUUUCGGGACACUUCGAUCACCAUCACGGUCCGUCGUCAGAUCUGAAAUAAUUUACUUUCAGUUUUCCCAAAAGGAAGUUAGCGCAAAUUGGGCAGUGUGGUUGAAUGUGUGAUCAUGGAGGCCAAAGGUGAUGAGGUUGCAGAUGGUCAACAUAAUCUAUCAUCUAACGUUUCUUCCUCUGAGUCCAGACAGGAGAGGUCCAAUGAGAACAUGGAUACGGAUGAAGAUGGUUUGUUCAAUCACUCCACCACUCUGACCAACAAGCAGCGUGGGAAUGAGGUUACAGUACGCCCAGCAACAUUAGACUCUCUGUCCAUACAUCAGCUGGCAGCUCAGGGCGAGGUUUCACAAGUGGCUGCACAUCUGAGUAAAGACGGUUCACUGCUCAGCAAACAGGAUGAACGGGGCUUCACGCCUCUCAUGUGGGCAGCAGCGUUUGGAGAGAAAGCAGUGGUGGAUUUUCUCUUGGAAAAGGGUGCAGAUCCCAAAACUAUUGCAAGGGAGAGAGAAAGUGCCCUGACAUUGGCCAGCUCUGGAGGUUAUGUGGACAUUGUUGAGUCUCUUCUCAGACACGGUGUAGAUAUUAACACCUAUGACUGGAAUGGGGGAACUCCUCUUCUAUAUGCCGUACGAGGAAACCAUAUCAAAUGUGUAGAGGCACUCUUAGCCAAAGGGGCAGACAUGACCAUUGAGUCUGACUCUGGGUACAGUCCAAUGGCCUUAGCUGUCGCCCUCGGACACAAAAAGAUUCAGAAAGUGUUGGAGGACCAUAUUCUUAAACUCUACAAGCCGACAACAUGACACUAGCUAAAAUAAAUAAAGGGGAAGGACAGUUUGACACAAUCGACCUUUAACCAGCUAUCACCGGUGGCC